AUGGCAACUCACGAUCUACUAACCAAUCCCCUCGCCGUUCGCAAUCCAAACCCUCUAAAUCUAAUCCCCUACUCCGUAGCAACAGGCAUCUACUCUCCCGAAGGAAAAGACGUCUACAUAACCCACGCCAACAUCCACCCCCUCACACACGUCCCCGGAAUCCCCUCCCCAUACAGCCAAGAACAACUCGAGCAACGCGCCCUCUACAUCAGCGGCAUCCCACCCGAAUGGCAAACCCCCGCUUUCCGCCGCAUCUUCCAGAUCUACGGCACCGUGGAAAAAUGUCCCGUUAUCUUCGAUCUGGCUUCGCAGUCUACCUUUCGCUUUGUCGUUAUGAAUACGAGGGAGGAGUGUCGGAGGGCGAGGGAUUCAGUACAUGGGUUUGUGUUGGAGAGACAUGUGAUUUUUACGGCGGAGGCGUUGCCUUCGAGUUCGUUGCUGAGACUUUAUUCGUUGGGUUUGAAUACUUUGGGUUUGGAUACGCCGGAUUCGCAAAUUGAUGGUGAUCGGGAAGAUCGAAAAGAUGGAGGUGAAGUUCAACUCGGUGAUUUGGAUAUCAAUCAGGAAAAUAUCGUAAUUAAUAAUCCAUAUAUAUAUGGUAGUGGAACAAUCGAUCAAACACCAAUGACGCAUCGUCAUCCAUCUCCUCCUCAAAUCAAAUUACCCACCGUCUCGGUACAGGAAGUCGAAACGGAAAAUGAAUCUCAACCUUCAACUCGCAAACACAGACCUGCACCCUUAAAUCUAACAGGUUUAACCAACAAAUCCACUCGACGGAUUUCUCCCCUCUUACCGCCGCAAUCUCCCUUCCCAACCCAAACGAACUUCCCCUCUAUCCCCGAAACUAAUGAAGAUCCCCAUUCCACAACCACAACCACAACCACAACCACAUCCCCCACACCCACCCCCACCCAACCCACCUUCCAAACCCAAGCCAACACCUGGGCCGCAAUCGUCAGCUCCGCCUCCCCCUCGCACCAAAACGUCGAUCUCCACCCCAGCACUCCCCGCAGCGGCCGGCGCCUCACAAGCAUCGGACGAAUCCCCACCCUCCCCAUCCUAAAACCCACCACCCACGAACCACUCACCCACCAAUCCCGCGUCAUCCUCAUCCUCAACAUCCCCCCCACUCUAACCCUCACCGACAUCAGCAACGCCGUCCACGAAGGCCCCAUCGUCUGUAUCCGCUUCGGCAUCGACACUGACACUUCCCUCCGCUUUUCCGGCAUCGUAUUCCAACACGCGCAGGACGCACACAUGUUCUACGAUAUCUUGCGCGCCGAACACGAAAAUCGCACACCGGUGCGUUUUCGCUUUCUAGCUGACGCAGUAAGAGGAGAUCCCUUCCCGAUAAAUGAAGAUAUUCUCGCCAUGGGCGCACCAACUUACGCAUCACGUCGCCUAACUAUCGUAAAAAAAGCAUUUUUUUUCGCCUUUACGGGAAAAAAUCUACAGACGCUUUGUGAGAAGGAAGUAGGGAGGGAGAAUGUCCAAUUGGUAUUUGUGUAUAAUGGGGGGAAUGCGACGGUGGUGUUUGCAGAGGUGAGAGCGGCGAUUAAGAUGAAAGCGAGAUUGGAGAGGUUGAGGGAGGGUGCAGGGAAUGGGUCGACGUGUUCGAUUUAUGAGGGUUUGCAGGUUUCGUUUUCGAAGGAUCCGUGUGAGUUGGAGGGGGGAUUGAAUUUGCAGGCGGCGGAUGGGUAUCAUGCUUAA